UACCGCUCCCGCCGCCGGCGGCGGGCCGGGCGUGCGCGGCCUGAGCCGGCGUGAUUCAGCGCUUCUCAAGCGAUGCUUGUGUAGGUCCCGCCCGUCCCGUCCCGUCCCCCCAACCCGGCCUCCAUUUUCAGAAGUCCUUCAGCCCCGAGAACGGCGCGCGUGGGUUUUGCUUCGCAGCCCUCCUCGUCUCUCCACCAGCUCCUCGCCUGGAGUCCCCGGGAUCCUCACAUUUCCUCACAGGGUGUGUUUUGUUUUCCGCCCUGACCCCGCCGCGGAGCCCGCAGCAGCAGCGAGGAGGCGGCGAGGCCUCUCCAUCGCCGGGGAUACCUCUCGGGAAGAGCCGGCCCUUUGUGAGGACUAUAAGGCGUUGACAAUUAAUUACCGUUACUCUUACACAAAUAGAUCAUCUUUCCAUCAUUUUUGAGCAUAGCCUAAAUAUAUAAACUCUAAUACAAGUGGGCUUAGUUGGGCGCACAGUUCCAGCAGGGUUAUUGAUCGUGGCUUCCUGCAAACCUGUUGUAUCUUCGUUUUCUGAGGCGACUAAUUGGCACUGUAUUGCAGCGUGUUGCACAUUUAUGUGCUGAAAUCUAUGAUUUCACAGAGAAGCGUGUCUGUGGUCAGGGGAUGUGUGACCAGGCUUGCAAAAACUUGGACCAAAUUCAAUUCUCUAAUAUAAAUAUUCACAUUACUACAUCUGUAGUAGUAACUUCAGAGCAAUACAGAAACCUGAUACAAAAUACACAGCGGUAAAGCAGGAAUGUGUCAAGAACAGAAAUGUUUCUGUUUAUUUAGAAAGCAUAAAGAUUUUAAUUGAAAAAAUCAUUGGAAGUUUUCAUAGCAUACACUUGUUUUGAUACAUGGAUACAUCACAUAGUGUCACAAGUGACACUAUGCAACCGUUGGCAUUCCUGGGUCCCAUUUUUUAGGGUCGUUUGGUUUUAAAGGACUUGGGUAGCAAAAAUAUUGCUCAGUGAUUCCCUUGGGUUUUCUGUCAAAUUAAUUACAAGGUACUCUUCCCCCUGGAGGGAAAACCUGAGUUAUAAAGUGCCACAACUGCUGCUGUCAAACAGAGUAAUUAUAUGUUAAAUGAGGCUAAAUGGAAACUAGCGUUAAAUAGGAUAUUUAAAGUGAUCCUGUCGUUUACUGUGAUAGAGUUCAUUUACAAUAUUUUAAUAGUGAAAACUGCAUUUCAGGCAAUUGUUUGGCUGGGCUAAUGCUACCAGGGGAGAAUUCUUUGUCAGCAGGUAUCCGUUUCAGCUCCAAGGAAAUGUACAGGUAUGAGUUUUCUCUCUAAAAUGUAUAGAUAGUUUUGAAGCCUUUCCCUAUCAUUGUAUAUGUACAGAACACACAAGUAAACAUAGCCUUUGUAUUAAAUAUGACUGCAGUUGCUUCCAGCCCAUUUCUGCACAAGUGUUUUCCAAAUGCUCUUGCAUUUGCUGCUGUGCAAUGCAGCUCUCCCCGAUGCCGGUCAGCCCAGCAGCAGGUUUCCCCAAAGUGAAAGUGACAAGGCUGUAGAAGUAUUUCUGCAUUUUCCUGUGCUGUGCCGAGUUACAAAGAUGGCUGCAGAAAGGCAUUGCAUAACUGUUCUCUUACUUUCACUUUAUUCUGAGCAAUUUCCUGUACUUACUUUAUUCGCUAGGCAUUUCUGUCAAACCAAAGCAUACAGAUGCAACUAACUUUGUAAAACAUAUGGAUACUAGGGCAAAUUUCUGCAUUCCAGAAGGACAAUUGCAUUUUCCCAUAUGUACCAAGCUAGAUACCAAGCAAUUUACCAAGGAAAACAGACGCCCAGGACAGAAGCAGAGACAAGAAACCCAUAGAUAUGUAGUAGCAUAGUAAAUAAUUAGUGGCUACAUUUGAUUUUGGCCUUGCAGAAACCUUUUAAAUAAAUUUUUCUACAACUACCUGUAACCUUUAUUUUCCAUAAAAUGCAUGAAUCUGUCUACAUACUCUAAUCCUUUUUCCUUCCCAAUUCACUGCCUCUUUGCCACUUAUCAAAUACCUGAUUGCUGGAAGGUUGCAUGGCACUCAGAGUAGUAGCUGUAGCAACCUUUAUCUUGAGCUCUGAAACAUCAGCUCCAACAACACACACACACCCCCAGGCGCACAAAAAAAAAUUACUUAAAUGAGACACAAGAGGGGGUAUGUGUUACUAAGUCUCUCCAACUUGUCGAAACCAGUUCUCCUAUGUAAGAUGUUUUCUUUUGGUUUGUUUUUAAAAGAAAGGAGAAGGGAAAAAGAAAGACGAGAAGGGAAAUGGAAAGACCAGAAGUGAAAGGAAAAGAGGGGGAAGAAGGGAGGGGCAAAGGACACUCUUGUGCUGAAGCAUUACUGCCCACUGUGAACUCACUCCAUGCAGCCUGAAACUCCCUGCACCACUGGGAGCCUUCCCCGAGCGAGGGUUUCCACAGUGGCUUGCAGGCCGCCCUGGCUCCCCCCGGACAGCCUGGGGGUCGCUGGAGCCGGCCCGACAGAGCCACGGCCUUGCCAAACGCGGAGGAUACAUGCAGCUGACCACCAGAUCCACAGACACUGCUCCCCUAGUGACAGAAAUAAACAACGAACAGAUAUUUAGCACUUCUACACAAUGGCGUAGCACAGAAAAAUACAGGUCUGAUACAACAGCAGAGACGUCGCGCCGUGGAGACCCAGGAUGAAGGAUGCAGGCAGUGGUGCUAAGACAUUGUGAGAGGAUUACGUGGAUGACAGAGUAACAAUAAAACAGGAACCUAAAGCACGGAGUAAUACAUGGCACGGAGCCAGGCUGAAAAAAGCAGCUGCCUGACUCAUAAGUUUCUAUUCCGCUACUGACCGCUGUUCUAGCCUCUCUUCAGAGUCAAGCACAAGCUGAAGUUUCAUUUUUGAUUCCUGUUAAAUUACUCGAUCACGUGAGCACUCAAGCAUAUAAAAGGGGAGUCAUAAGAACAGUGAUCAGCAGUCCUUUUGCUUUGAAGCUUCCUUGAAACAAACGAGCAGAGAAGGAAAAUCAUGAGUACCAAUUUCAAGAAUUCCUUAAAGAGCUCGCUGCUGCAGCUAGACUGUUAUUUCACAUGGAAUUUGAUGAAGCAGGAUGUGGAUCUCGAUAACUUAGAGGAAACAGUAGGUGAUCAGAUUGAGUUUUUCGUAAAAUCCAACAUCGCAAAUUAUAAUCUACUAUCCUAUAUAUACCAUCUAAAGAAGUCAAAUGAGGAAGCCCUGAAAAAUCUCCAAAAAGCUGAAGAAGAAGUUAAAAAAAAUUAUCCAGACGAAAUUCCCAGGAGAAGUCUUGUUACCUGGGGGAACUAUGCCUGGAUAUAUUACUACAUGGAGAGAUAUGAAGAAGCUCAGGCUUACAUAAGCAAAGUAGAAAACAGCUGCAAAAAGCUUUCAAGUACUGGUCAGCAGAAGAUUGAGCUGCCAGAGAUCUGUGCUGAGCAGGGAUGGGCUUUGUUAAAGUUUGGGGCAAAAUACUACGAUAGAGCAAAGAAUUGCUUUGAAAAUGCUCUGAAGAGUGAACCCGAUAACCCAGAAUUUAAUGCCGGCUAUGCAAUAGCAAUGUAUCGCUUGGAAGAUAUUUUCUACAGAGAACAAGAAGAUGUAAGCCUGGCCCUCGAGCCCCUGAAGCGUGCAGCAGAACUGAAUCCAAACGAUACCUUCAUUAAGGCAUUACUUGCAUUAAAACUCCAGGUCUUAAAGCGAGUUGAGGAAGGGGAGAGCUACAUUGAAGAAGCAAUGCAGAGAACCCCUGACCUUCCUUAUUUCCUGCGAUAUGCUGCUAAAUUUUACAGAAAGAAAGGAGACAUGGACAAGGCGCUGGAGAUUUUGAAAAAGGCCCUAGCAGUGACACCAAAAUCUGCCUUUUUACAUCACCAACUAGGACUCUGCUACAGAGCAAAGCUGUUUCAAUUGAAAAAGUCUACAAGAUAUCCACCUCAACAGCAAGUGGAGGAACUCAUCCGACUUGCCAUUUUUCAUUUUAAAAUAGUGACUGAGCAAAACAGAAAGUUUUUUUUUGCCCAUGUUGACCUAGCAAGCAUGUACGCAGAAGCAAAGAGGUAUAAAGAAGCAGAAGAGUCAUUUCAGAAAGCGCUUCAUGAAAGUAUUCUGUCCUGUGAUGAUAAACAACUCUACUGCUACCAGUAUGGCAAUUUUCAGCGUUUUCAUAUGAAAUCAGAAUCCGAAGCCAUUAAGUAUUACCUGGAAGGGCUGAAAAUUGAAAAAGAUACUUAUCUAAGAAAUAACUGCAGAAAAGCUCUGAAGAAAUUGUUGGAUGAGAAAAUUCAGAGAGGUUCAAGAGAUGCUGCAGAUUUUGGCACACUUGGACUCAUGCAUAAACUAAACGGUGAGAAACAUGAAGCAAUCAAGUGCUAUGAAAAAGCCAUUGCAUUGUGUCCUGACAACGAAGAGUAUCUGAAUGCAUUAUGUGAGCUACGACUUUCCAUCUCAAGCUAAAGCUCCCAAAAAUCCUUCACACCAAAAAAAACCCCGAAAUCCAAGGACAUUUCAAAAUUACUCUAAAACCUUUUCUUUUUUUUUCUUUUUUUCUUUUUUUUUUUUAGGUUUUAUAACCAGGUGAAACAUCUGGUGACAUGACUUUCUGGUGAUCAUGUACAAACUGCAGAUGAUGGUGGUUCAUUUGUUAGUUCACCCACCAGAAAGCAUGCUUAGAAAGACUAAAUAAUAGCUACUCUGUCUUAGUCUUCGAUGCUAAUGCUUCUAUAAAGGUUGUGUUUAAGUGAUGAUCGGUAGAACACAGAACUUCUAAGCUGGAAAUCAGAUCUUACCUUCUACUGAGAAAAAGAUAAGGGAAUCAUAUUGUGGUAUUUGAUCUAUCCACUUGAAAGGCAUGCUUUUACACAGAUGGAAUUUCUGAUGCUUUUUCAAAUAGUUUGAAAAUGUCUUUUUUUUGUGUUAUUUAGAGGAAACUUAUUGAAGACUUGUUCAGUUUACUACCUUGCAUGUUGUUUAACUAUGAAAAAUAACUCCUGCUUGGCUAGUUCACUGGAAAGCUUACAAAAUGUGUAUUAUUGUUGUGAACUAUUAAAGAGCACUGCAUCCAUCAA